AACAAUAGUUUAUUUACCGGAAUACUCAAGCCUUGGAAAGGAAUCUUGAUGUUUGGUCCACCAGGAACGGGAAAAACCAUGUUGGCAAAGGCAGUUGCUACUGAAUGUCAAACCACAUUUUUCAACAUCUCUGCUUCGUCAGUAGUAAGCAAAUGGCGAGGUGAUUCUGAAAAACUUGUGCGUGUUUUAUUCGAGCUGGCAAGGUAUCAUGCACCCUCCACAAUAUUUCUGGAUGAAUUAGAGGCAAGUAUCAUUCUCAACACUGCAUUUUUUAUUUAUGGUGGCGAACACGAAGGAAGCCGAAGAAUGAAAACAGAGCUUCUUAUUCAGAUGGAUGGAUUGGCAAAAGGAAAUGAACAUGUGUUUCUUCUUGGUGCUUCAAAUCUGCCUUGGGAUCUCGAUGUAGCCAUGCUGCGUAGACUAGAAAAACGAAUAUUGAUAGACUUGCCAGAUAAGGAUUCACGAAAAACCAUAUUCCAGUCGCUGUUGCCUGCAGAUAUGAUUGACGAUUCAGAUGUCAGAGUUGUUGGCGAUUUGGAUUAUGAAGCACUAGCUAGUCUUACUAAAGGAUACUCUGGGUCAGAUAUCAAUCUUGUUUGUCGAGAGGCAGCUAUGCGACCAUUACGAAAGAUUUUUGACAAACUAGAGGCAGUUUCCAACAAGCAAAUAGAAGCUUCUGUCAGCACUGCAUCUGUACUUGAUUAUAUCCAAAAUGAAACUGGCGGAACAGAGAUUGCUCGUGAUGCGAUUUCCCAGCAUGAUGUGGUUGAAGCAAUCAGAACUACUAAUCCCACCUGUGAUGUUAGUUUAGAGAAAAAGUAUCAAGAUUGGCAAAAGAGUUUUUCUUCUGUGUGA